AUGAAUAAUUUUGGAAUCGUAACAGCUUUAGUGGUGGCUUACAUUACUACGGUCCAAGCAACAUGUUGUAAUGGAUUUCCACCAUCUUGCUAUGGACUAGGGCAAUCUUGUUACCCAUCACCACCACCUGCAUGUUCUUAUCCGCCCCCUGCAUGUCUUCCAGCCCUUGCAUGUCUUCCCGCCCCUGCAUGUCUUCCAGCCCCACCAUGUUGUCCAGCCCCACCAUGUUGUCCAGCACCACCAUGUUGCCCAGCUCCACCAUGUUGUCCAGCACCACCAUGUUGCCCAGCUCCACCAUGUUGUCCAGCACCACCAUGUUGCCCAGCUCCACCAUGUUGUCCAGCUCCACCAUGUUGCCCAGCCCCACCAUGUUGUCCAGCACCACCAUGUUGCCCAGCCGCACCAUGUUGCCCAGCCGCACCAUGUUGUCCAUCCCCACCAUGUUGUCCAGCCCCACCAUGUUGCCCAGCUCCACCAUGUUGUGUAGCCCCACCGUGUUCACCAGCGUGCAUACCAGCUCCACCUAUUAGUCCUGCGACACUAGCCUCCUUAUUAGCUUCCCUUAAAGUAUCGGCACCUUACUCGCGUCUUGCCCCACUCGCUUGCGGUGCACCUCCCUGUAGACCAGCCUGUGGGCCCACCCCAACCUUUGGUGCUACCCUGUCGGUUCCCGCACCGGCACCUCAAGUCAUCGCUCCAGGACCAGCACCAGGACCAUUGAUAGUCCAAUUGCCGUCAGUAGCCGGAAAGUGCGCACCGAUCGUCGUUCCUGCCGGUCCAGCCCCUAAUCUCCUCGUCAAGCUGAACCAAUGUCCAGCACCCGCCCCAAUCAUACUUCCAGGUGCGGCACCCGGACCUAUCGUCAUUAACGACGGAAAUGUAGUUAAGGAACAAUCUAUCACGUGCGCACCAGCUCCACAGUCAAACAAAAUAUUCUUCGCAUUGCCAGCCCCAUUGCCGACUGCACCGAUCGUUUUGCCACCAGCGCCAUUACCAAAAGUAUUCUUCAACCCCGGUCUGUACGUUCAAAAACCUGAUAUCGUUUAUCAGUCACCAGUUGGUUUACCACAAUUGUAUAUGAUUCCGUCGCCGUACGGAUGUCCAGCACCGUGUUACCCACCACCCGGCCCAUGUAACCUGCCACCAGUUCUCGCUAAGGUCCCUGCUUGCUGUUGUUAG